UCUCGGCCCUUCUGCCGUGAAAAGGAGGCUGUGAAGUCUGGGCUGUCCGCCGUCACUGAGCCGAUCCUGAACCAUCUCGCAGGUACAGUGGAAUGGCAGCAGAGCGCCUGCUGACGGACCGGAGCCCGCGCUCAGCUGUCGUUCCGGGGUCUUGAACAGCUCGCUACCGCCGCUGGAGCCUCGGAGCCUGGAGGAGCCGCGGGUGGAGCUGCAGCCUGUCAGGCCGAGCCGAGCCGAGCUGCUGUCAUCUCCCGUCCUGUUAAUGAUGCUCAGCAAGCUGCAGAACUGAAGUAUCGGCAACCCGAAAGCAGACCAGAGCAUUUUUCACUGCUCCCUCCCCCUCAGUGUCCCUGCAGGCUGCAGCAUGGAGCGUACCGGCAGCAUACAGCUGGACAUCCCAGACUUCAGUAACUCUGUUCUUUCUCACCUGAACCAGCUGCGUGUUCAAGGCCGUCUCUGUGACAUUGUGGUCAAUGUUCAGGGCCAAAGCUUUCGUGCACACAAGGUCGUACUAGCUGCCAGCUCGCCAUACUUUCGGGACCACAUGUCUCUGAGUCAGAUGAGCACUGUGUCACUGACAGUGAUCCGUAAUCCGUCAGUGUUCGAGCAACUGCUGUCCUUUUGCUACACGGGCCGUCUCUGCUUGCAGCUUGCAGACAUCAUCAGCUACCUGACAGCUGCCAGCUUCCUGCAGAUGCAGCACAUUAUUGACCGCUGCACCCAAAUUCUUGAGGGUAUCCACCUUAAGAUCAGUCUGGCUGACCUGGACGAAGAGUCCAGGGAUGAGGAGGGGGCACGGGGCUCCAGGAAUAGUAGGACAUUGGAGGCUGUGGUGCGAGGAGGGGGUCACAGUGGUCUGCGGCUGCUUGGCCCACGGGGAGGUGCAGAGCCAUGUGAAGCAGUCAGUCCAGCAGAAGAGCCACUUAGCCCAGCUCCAGCGGUGGAGCACAGUGGGCUAGAAGGGCCAGGGACCACCAGUGGAAGAGCAGGGAAAGAACCGAUACUACGCAUCAACCGAGCUGGUCAGUGGUAUGUGGAGACCAGCAGUGAACCAGAACGGACCGGCAGCGCUGAGGAGGGCAGCAUGGAUGGGAUCAGGAUAAAAACAGAGAGGAUGGAGGAAUGGAUUGGAACAGAAGAGAACCAGGAGGAGGGAGGGCCAGUGGAAGAGGGGGCCACGGUGAUGAUUGACACAUCAGGACGCAGUACACUGGUGACUGGACCGGUAGGAGCGCUGGGGACCCGUAGUAUCCAGCCAUCCUCCAGCUUCAGCGAGACAGACAGGUUUAGUCCCACUGGCAGCGUGGUCGUCCUCACAGAACGUCAGAGAGCAAAGAGCGAGUCUCCUAGCAGGGCAGAUGAGUUGCGGCAGCCAAGCUCACAGGGAGAGGAGCAUACAACGUUUGAUAUGGGCGGUUAUGAGGACUACUUGAGGGAGCAGGUAGGAGAUCGCUGGUUCCGCUACAAUCCACGCCUCACCUGCAUCUACUGCUGCAAAUCCUUCAACCAGAAAGGGAGCCUAGACCGUCACAUGCGCCUACAUAUGGGUAUAACACCAUUUGUCUGCCGCAUCUGUGGGAAGAAGUACACCCGUAAAGACCAGCUGGAGUACCAUAUCCGCAAGCACACUGGCAACAAACCCUUCCACUGCCACGUUUGUGGGAAGAGCUUCCCCUUCCAGGCCAUCCUCAACCAGCAUUUUCGCAAGAACCACCCAGGCUGUGCACCCCAGGAAGCCCACAGCGCCUCCCCUGAGACCACCACCGCUUCAGUUACAUCCAGGGGUGGUCCCAGUGAUGAGGCCUCCCCUAGUCAGGAGGAAUCUGAAGGUGGAGGAGGUAAUAGUGCUGGAGGGCAAUAUGGAGAGGGUCCCCAAGCCUCUGUUUCUACAACAGGACCAGACUGACCCCAGUGAAGGAAGGAACAUGGGGUGGGGGGUGAGUGGGGCAGCAUGAUCCUGUUGUAACCAAAGCUAACAGGAUGUUAAACCCGCUGAAGUCAAAGGACCCCUCAGAGUCUGAAAUGAGAUUUAUCCGCUUUAAACCGCAUCUACCUUCACCUACUAAACCGAACAGAUUAAGCUAAAAUGAAGAAAUUCCACACACUCCAACAACCUCAUAUGCCACAAAAUUCAGUGGUUCUCGUUUGCCUCCGUCUAGUUUAUGUUACAGAUUUCUACUUUUAUAUUUACAGGUAUUACUGGUCCACAAUGCAGCAUCACAACAGUAUGUCUGGUUUGCCAAACUACUCAGUGCCAGUUAAACAAUUCAAAUCCUUCAUAUUUGCCUUGAGACAAUCUGGAGCCGUUGGAUGAUGAUGAUAAUAAUAAUAGUAGUAGUAAUAAUAAUCUUAUGCGUUUUAUAAGUGCCAUAAUGGCGUUAAAAGGUAUAGUUGCACAAAAAGGUUCAAUGAGAAACUUAAAACUAUUUAGCUGACGGUGCAUCCCAGUGUGAUUGGAGUUUCUGGUCUUUCCCCAUUUUCCUGCAUUUGGCACGAUUCAGGAUAGAUAAAGGUAUUACACUACACACUUUGACACUACGUACAUACCUCACUGUACAGCACAAAAAACUGCAGGCACAAUCUUCUGUUUCACAAUAUGACCAUCCAUCAAAAAUUGUAAAAUGCAUUGCGAGACGGUAGAACGACGAUGUAAGUGGACUGGUUCUUAUGUAGCGCUUUUCUACUCUGAGCAUUCAAAGCGUUUUAUACAACUUGCCUCAUUCACGAAUUCACAAAAACACUUUGCUGUGUGCUUUCUGUCUAACAGUCACACACAUUUGAGCAACUUGGGGUUAAUGUCUUGCCCAAGGAUAUCUGGAUUGGAGAUUAGAGCAGCCAUGGAUGGAACCACCGACCUUCCAAUUAGAGGGUGACUUGCUCUACCUCUUCAGUCAUAGCCACCUGUGUGUGCCCAAUGGAAGAAUUGCAGGUGUAGAUGAAUAUAUACUUGGCCGAUAAAUAUCUGCAAAUGUUUAAUGUUAUUAUUUUUGAUCGAGAAUAGUCAAAAACCCAAAUACCUGCAUUUUAAAAGAGAGAAGAUUUGCCUUCGUCACUGUGAACUAAAUUUUUCUUUGGGGAGUAUUUUGGGGUUUUGAACUGCUGUUCACAAAGUUUUUAACUAUUAGUGCAUCUCACAAAAAUAGAAUAUGGAGAAAAAGUGUGGCUCUGCUAAGAUGCUAUUGAAGCUGCUCUGAUGCCAACUUCGUGUGGAUUUUUGGAUCAGGUUUUCACAUCCUCCUCGAAAAUACUCCGUAGAGUGUCUGUGGGGUUUAGGUCAUGUGACUUGGCUUGCCCAUUAAGUAGAGUAAUAGCAUUGUUGGUAACCAUUUGGUAGUAGUUUUGGAGCUGUAGUCGGGUCAGUCCUGUUGGCAAAGGAAAUUUGCACCGGCAUCACUAGAUAGAAACAUGAAGUCUGUUAAUGCAGAUGUCUUCCUGGAAGUUUAUCCUUUGACAUAUUAAAAACUCUCCACUCAGCCGACCUUUCCAGCAGUGACCUGUGGCUUACCCUCCUUGUGGUUGAUAUUAAUGAUCGUCAUGUGGAGAGCCGUCAGGUCAGCAGUCUUCCCCAUGACUGUGAUUGUGUACGAGUCUGAGACAGAUGGUGUGGUUUGAAUAGAAAUUUCCUAAAAUGAUAAAGACCUCAGUGCAGUGUCUCGGACAGUUUGAAAUGCUCCUUUUCUAAUUUUCUUGAGCUAUAAGCGAUCUUCAAAAAUGCUUGAAAAUAUUGACUUUGUGUGUAAUUAAUAUAGAAUAUAUGAAAAUCUACCAUUGUGAAUGAAAUUGCCAAAAUAAUCACUUUUUCACUGUAAUUUUUUGAGAUGCACUAGUAUAUCCCAUUGCCUUCAACAGAGAAUGCAACAUAGGUCAUGUGACUUAUUUGUGUCACAUGAAAACUAUUACAUGCUUUCAUGUGACCCUGUGAUAAAGUCACAAGUAUGCCCCUGAGAAUUCAAAUGUGGACAGCUCCAUCAGCUUUCCGCUUCUGUGGAUGUGCACGGGAUGUGUCGUAGAACAGAUAUUGGGAGGGAUUCUCACGCUUCAUGAAGGCAAAAUGGAUGGAAAAAUGUCUGUGGGGACUCCAGUCACACUGGGUUAAUGAAUUUGGCAUGAAUUGAAUAGAACUUCCUUACAAUAGUGUUUUUAUUGUGGCAGUUGAACUCCGUUUCUACAGCAGGUUUUAGAUCACACUUGACCACCAACAAACUCACAGCAGGAAAACUGGACAUUGUCCAGCCUCAGAUAAGCUACACAGCUCAAUUACCUCUCAUCACUACGCAAUACAGCUGCAGCACAGCACCACCAGGAAGCGCUCUGCUCCACUCCCACAGAGAUCUCAGUCACUUUUCUCAGAUAUUUUUAUAAACAAACAUGUAUUUAUUGUUUUUCUUCAGUUUUCUUGGACACUUUCUUGCUCUGACAACGGGUGUGAUGGAAGACAGCUUGUUGUUUGAGGAGAACAAGAUAUUUGGGAAGACCCGAUCAGUAUCUUGUGUGACAGUUAGUGACGCAUUUAAUCUACUGCACUUACCAACAAGCCUGCGGGAAAAAAAUCAGACUGAAACUAAGAGUGAAAAACAGGUGAAGCACAGGUAUUCAAGACACCGACACAGUAGAAAGGUCUGCUGAAGUGACUCCAAUUAUAGUCAGCGCACCGAUCAAGUCUAAUCAAAAUUUAUUGCCAUUGCCACUGUAAACACAGUGUACAGAGAGACGAGACGACGUGGCUCCAACAGCUGUAGUGCAACAAAAAACUACAAAUAUGACUCGUAGAUUAAAAAAACAAUAUAAAUGGGUAGAAAGUCUUAUAUAUAAGGGGGCCAGACCCCACUGACAUAGCUAAACAAAUGCAUUAUUAUAUUUAAAAAAAAAAACCUCUCACCAUAAAGUGUCAGGAAAAGGGAAACGAUCUCUUCUUGUCUCUUUGGGGAAUACCUCGCCUUAGAACAGGGGUGGGAAACUCCAGGCCUCGAGGGCCUGCAGAUUUUAGAUGUGUCCUUGAUCCAACACAGCUGAUUUAAAUGGCUAAAUUACCUCCUCAACAUGUCUUGAAGUUCUCCAGAGGCUGGUAAUGAACUAAUCAUUUGAUUUCAGACACUGUUGAGGAUAAAUGUCUCUCCAUUCAGAAAUGGAGUCUUCACAUAAAAAGGUAGACCACAAAAUAUAUACAUUUGAAUACAUAAACAGAACACGUGUUACCCAACCUUGGCUUCGUUUUUGUGUAUAGAGUGCAGUAGAGGUAAUGCGUCACUGACAAUAGAUGGUUCUGAUCUGGAUGAGCGUUGAUUGGAUAUUGACAAGCCAAACCCUGAUAGACCAGAUGGAUGUAGUGGCCAGGCCAUGGAGCUGAACUUCAGAAGCCUCCUGUGAUCAGAGUUGACCUGUUGGAGGGCGGGAGCAGGUCGGACUAUCUGGCAACCAAAGGAAAGAUGGCGUGGCCGUGUGGGCCCCUCAAAACGCCAAAACAACUAAACCUCUUAUCAAUGAGGGAGAACGAGAAGGUCACAAAGUUUUUGUAACAAGAGAACAAUAAGAAAUCUACACACAUUAUAAGACAAAUGUAUUUAAACUACUAAGAUGUUUUUGUUUCGUUUUUUAAAUAUGAUUAAUGUAAACAAGCUAGGAGUAGGCAGGUAGCACACAGAUGGACUGUUACUGUUUUCUUCUACAGAGCUGUGAAACAGAUUCUCAGUGGAUGGUCAAUUUUUUUAUGCAAGUGAAGCCAGCGGCUCUGUCCUCAAUCGAGUGAUUGGAGAUUUUGUCCCAGAUGCCACUGCAGCCACUGCCGCUAGGCUCACACUUCAGGCUAACCAGGAUAUCAGGUAUACAAACUCUUUUCUUUUAUUGAAAGAAUUGGAUGUUUACCUUUCCCACGUAGCAGUAUGCUAACAGCUAAACCUCAGUGCAGUAUGCACGCUGCAGAAAUAAAACUUACCUGUAAACAAAAAAAAAAGCAGCAGGGAAGGCAUCCUCACGAGUCGCCGUAGAGGUCGGCAAAACCAAGACUGGGAAAUAUGAAACAGAAAUGAGCAUGGUGACCUCAAGACCUCUUUCCACAGAAUGUGUGGAUGUCUCCCACAGUCUGGGUCGGUGUAUAAGUAUGUGGUGAUCUUGCCUCUAACAGAUGUUUAAGUUUUGUCUGCUGUGUUGGGCUGGAACGUGACUUUGAGCAGGUGUUUUGAGAGAAAUCGCGACUUUUAGAAGCAACCAAAAGGGGCUGAAUACAAUGACUCGUGCAGGAAAUAUUGUGUAAAAUUAAGCAAACAUUAUUCAAUUAAGUUCCAUUCAACAGUCACCCCAAGAUGCUGUGUAUUGUAAGUUAAAGACCCUACAGAAUAACGGGGAAAAGCACAUUUAUAAAAUAUUUCAUGUUCCAUAAAGUGACAAUCAAAUGAUUUUAGCUGCUAAUUGAUAAUGAAAUUCUUUGAACAAAAUCCCCUAAAUGGACAUUACUUUAGGAAGGUAUUUAGUAUUUCAUCAUGGCUCGAGCAUUCAAAUCAGGAGCUGAUUAAAAACUAUUUAAAACCUGCCGUGAUUAUACAGAUUAAACAGAGCAACGUGCUGGGAGGUAUGUGACAUGACAAAGAGCAGCUCGAGUCAUUUGCCUGAACCCGCAUCUAGCAGGAGCCAACACGUGACUUUACAGUACAUUUGUGUAUUCGUGUUAUUUUCUGCAUCAUUUUUUCAGGUCAAAUGUAUCCAUUGUAAUGUAGACUAAGUCUCAAUUUCAAUUCGGUUUAUUUAUACAGCGCCGAAUCGCAACAACAGUCGCCUCAAGGCACUUUAUAUUGUAAGGUAGACCCUACAGUAAUCCAUACUCAGUAGGUAUUAUAGCAGUUGAGGACUUUUAAGUGUGGAACUCUUUAGUUUUGUUGAUAUAAGGCUAAAAAGAAGACGUUGGCUGUUACCUGCUAUUUCUUCUUGUAUUUAAACGUGAAUUAAAAAUCCACAGGUACAGGGCUUUCCUGCCACAGAGUGGGCCUUUUCGGGGUAACAACUAGAUUGGUCUGCAUGGAGUUAUAUAGUAUAGACUGUUUCAGCAUUGUAUUGCUGUUUCUGGCCAUUGGCCAACAAAAAUGCCUUUUAUUUCUGAGAAACCCCACCCCCCAAAAAAUGAAAAGAAAUGGGUGUGCCACCAUUUUUGUAAAAUCCCAGAUGCAUAUACUUGUUUUAUCAUAUAUAAGGUCGAGUACCAGAAAGCAUAGCCCAAAACACUUUUUCAGCUUCAAUAAUAUUUUCUGCACAGGUCGGGAUUCAGCCCCUCUAUUGAUUCAAUUACCGACAUCAUGUAGAUGAUUUAAGACCCGAGCGUUUCUUCAUAUGUUUCAUAAGAAAUCUGGUUCAUUUUGGUUCACUUUGUGUUUUACAUUUAUCAGGAAUUAUCCAAUGUAUAGAAAAUUUUUUAGAGCAGUGACCAUGAGAAGUACUUCAAAGAGACAUUUCUGACAAAGAACAAAAGAUUCGAGUUGCACAUGUUGACCUGUUCCAGCAUAAAGACAUUAACUUGGGGUUUCCAGCCACCAUAGAUCCAGGAACAAAUAGAUUGGCCUUCUUUUCUGUGUUUCACAUUCUGUUUCUGCUUCCUCCUCCUUGCUCUGAGUUGUAGGAAAGCAGGGAAGACUUCAUGUUUUCAGUCAGCAAUAGAUCAUUUCAAGUUAUUGUUGGUAACAAGCUGCUCCCUUCUGGUUCAGUGUGGUCCUACUUGAGAAAUCUACAGAAGGAAAAGUUGGCUUAGAGCUGCAUUCAGAAACAACUGCAUUUCAAACUUGAUCAUAAGAGAAUUGCUCAGUCAAGUCUUUCUCUGCUCAAACAUGCAGCAUUGGGUUGUUGUUGGUGCCUUAUAGGCAAACUGUCAAUCUUCAUGAAUCUGUCCAGUGGAAAUAGAUGUGACAGAUUUCAUUCAAAUUAUCAUUCUGUUGCACAUCAGACUUGUAUAGCUAUACGCAAAAAUAUUAAGAAAAACUUGGUAAAGCAAGCAAAUGUGUCUCAAUUCACCCAAAAUGGGUUGUGAAGUGUAGUGAACACUGAACUGUAAGAGGGAAGGUGCUCAACUGAACCAACCUCUGUGCAGUGAAAUGGCCUCGCCUAGCAUUCUUAAAUGUUGUUCACUCGUUAGUUUUUGAAGUAAACUGGCCUGUAUCUGCUGUUUGCCCAAUCCCUUGGAGUCACAGACAUGACAGUCUCUGUCAUUAUGCUCAAAAACACGAGCGAUGCAGUAAUGAGUCAGACAUGAGUAAAUGUUAAGGCUCAUCGCAGUGUUCACCGUUACUUCAGCUGCGUUUGCUUUAAACACAGACGGCCCAAAUCAGACUUUUCCUCCUCAAUGAUUUCUCAUGUUCUGAUCCGCUUUCAUCCUCAAACUGUGAAAAACAGCGGAACCUCCUCAUGAUCAUCACGUCUUUGUGUCAGUCAAGGUUCCAGCUCAUUUGCUUUAUUCAGAAUGCUAAACUUUACUUCAAUUUUCUUGUAAUAGGCGCAGUCUAAAUUUUCUUUUUCCUUCCUGGAUAAAUCCAGUGUUUAGCACAUGAAUAUCCAGUAACAUUGACCACAACAUGCCUAACCAUAAAUCAGAUCAUUUAACUAUAUUCACGUAAUAACUCUUUAAUGUUGAUUCCUCAGAGUAUAUCCUAAUAUAUCAAUGCAGAAAAUAAGUCAAAGUAAACAAAUUUUAGAUAGUAAAUUAACUUUUAAUACUGUACUUUUUUUUUCUUGAAGAGGAAGUACUUAUGUUCUGUAGUAGAUGAACCUAAAAGGUUUUAUGUGAACAUCUUUUAUGUUGCAUGUCUAUUGCUAAAUCAUGUUGGUGGAGGGUGUGGGAGGGUGGGGGGAUGUGAGGCCAAAGGUCAGUUAGUUUAGAUAAAUGUGAAGAUGCUUACUUUCACUAUGACCACUAGAUCACUCACAGGUUGCAUCUCCUUCAAAGGAAAUAAAGCACUUUAAGUGACAAAUGCCACCGACUCGCCUCUGUCUCCAACAGCAUUCACAAACGUGCGCGUGUGAACGUGACACACACAUCUGGAAUUCAGCGCUACUCGCUCACCUGUUUUCCAUGAACAUGUUUAGAAGUGCCUCAAACUGAAUACUGCAACUACUC